ACCUACCUAGGUACCUACCUGGUACGUAGGUAGGUAGCUAUCAGUUUCUAGUUUAACAACAAUACGACUCAAUGCUUCAUAUAGUAGCCGACCUACCAAUAAGAACAGAUACAUAGAGCUGAAACAAUUCAGAAAGUUCUCUUUCUCGAUGGCCAGUCGAUGCGCGAUAGGCAACCCGCUCCGGUCUCUUCAGUUUUAUGAUGUACGUAUGCCAUCACGGGCAUGAGACGACGACUGAAGUUCAACUUGCCUAAAUAUUUCUCACUUAGGUCCCUUCUCUCAUUCAGAGUCUUUCCAACCCUAGAGGUGUAUGUUAAAGCAUUUGCGUAUCGUAUCCUUACGUUUUAGCCCCCAAGGUACGGGGACGUUGGUAGUAGGGGGUGGACUUGAAUCAUACACCAAUCAAGUUCAGUUUUCUAUAAUCCGUUCUUUACAACAAAACAUACGCCAUAAGUUCCCAUUAUCAGUAGACCUAUAGCCAUAUCCACUCUCUGCAAGGCCAGUAUGACACAGCCAUCGAGACGCGGUGAUUCACCCGGCAAGCAGAAGGUAUCGUCCAUAGCGAUCGACAACGGGAGUCUUGGAGUGAUGAGUGUGCGGUCCUUCGUAGCCUUCGAAAAUUACGAGUACGAUAAUGAAGCCGAGGUUAAUGUCAUAGAUAUUCUCGAGGAGCAACCGAGCUUAGGAGCUUCUGUCGUCGAUACCCUUUCGUCGCCAACAACGUUUGAAAGAAUAUGGGGAGAGACAGAAACCCCGUUCUUGGUUCGCCAAUCCAGCCGUCAGAGACGUCUAGAUGUUUGGUCACCCUGGAUAUUGAUCAUUGUCCAGCAUUAAUAGCAAUCCCCGUUCGAUCUCAAGUUCUCCCAGGAGUCGCAAGUAUGCCUCGUGACAAUAAGCCGUUCAUAUUGGCCCUUUUGUGAAACGCAGCCUUGCUGUAUUCUAGGAGAGUAUUGGAAGAAUGAUCUGAUCUGAUUCGAAGCAUUGCUAGUCUUAUCUCAGACAACGAAAUCAAGGGAAAACUCGGCGUCUACAUCUCCCAACCCUGGAGAUGGCACAGGUCUCCCUAGCCUUCGGAGCAAAGGCCCAAGAGAACACGACAAACUUGCGCCAGUAUCCGGGGAUGAGAUCAACCCAG